UUUUACUCCAAACUAUACGAUAACACACAGCCUAUAUCAUGCUGUACUCACAGUUUUGAUUGGAUUCAGGUUCAGGCAACUUUAUUAAUCCCACAUAUUGCCUCGCGGACGUACUAGAACAAAUAAUAAAAGCAAAUAAGACAUGCCAAAGCAUCCAGUGGAUUAAAGUGAUCUUACAAGAAAUAGAAGAUGGUUAAUGGUUUGAUCAUCAAUUCAUGAAAUAGAAUAAAAACAAAACAAUUACAAACGUCUGCAGAUAAAUUAAAGGCAAUUUGCAGAGCAGGUAGUUUUAAUGGCAGGUAUAACAUAACUGCGCCCUGAGGGUAACCGAGAGUUACCACACUGAGGCAUACAUUGUUAAUGUCACUACACAUGACACGUUACCUGAUGGGUAGAAUUACCUGGUGACCAGCACAGGCCUAUUUCAUUUCACAGUGCCAGCCCUGUACAGAAUGCACAGGAAUGAAUGAACCUCGAAGAAUGUUUUCCCUCUGCAUCGGGGAAAUGGUUUUGAGGAGGACAUAGGCUCUGACAGCAGGAAGCAAUGUCGACACUGUCCUUUGAGUCCCUCUGCUUGAAAGAUGAGGAUUGUCCAUCCCCGACUCGACCCCAGGGUGUGGAGGAUGAGUUUGACACAGACUUGGAGUCAGAUGAGAAAGAGGAGAGCAACCAGGAGACGUCCAUAUCUGAACUCUACCUGCAGGCCUGUAAGCUGGUGGAUGUGGUGCCGGUCUCCUGCUUUAUACGGAACCUUGACUCUCCAACCAUGACCCUCAGCCACCAUGGGCUUGGACCUUUAGGUAGCAAGGCACUUGCAAUUGCUUUAGUGUCUGAUAUGCAUAUCAACACUCUGGAGCUGGCAGACAAUCACAUUCAGGCCGAGGGAGCUAAAUACCUGAUGGAGAUGCUGAGGGCUAAUUUCACCAUACAGCACUUGAAUUUGUCCAACAACUAUCUGCUGUCUGCUGGAGCUGAGUGUGUGGCUAAAAUCUUACUGGACAACAUUUCAUUAAAAUCGAUGAAACUUUCAGGAAAUGGAUUCACCGACGAGGAUGCUAAAUAUUUUGCAGAUGCCUUGUCUACCAAUUCCAGAAUAAAGGAACUGGACCUGAGCCAUAAUGAGUUUUGUGGGAAAGGAGGGGCACAUUUGGGACAGCUGCUGGCAAACAACGAGGGUCUUGAGGUGCUGGAUCUCAGCUGGAACCAUAUUAGAAUGAAAGGGGCUGUGGCUUUUUGUGCUGGACUUAAGGUGAAUAUGAUGUUAAAACACCUCGACCUAUCGUGGAACGGUUUUGGGAAUGAGGGUGCCCUGGCCAUGGGAGAGGCCCUGAAGUUCAACAACACUCUGGUGCACCUCAAUCUCAACAACAACCGGCUCACCAACGAGGGCGUCGGCAUGCUGUGCAGGGGGCUUGAGUUCAAUGACACUCUCCGUGUCCUGCUGCUGGCUUACAACUCUUUAACAGUAGAGGGAGCGCUGGCCCUGGUUAACGUGGUAAAGAACACACACAGAUGUGCCUUGGAGGAGAUCAACAUAUGUAAUGUGCUGGUAAAUGAGAAUUUCGUGCAUCUGCUGGAGGUGACGUGUCAGGAGCAUCCCAGUUUGGAUGUACAGUAUGGAGGAGUGGGAGGCUUCAUCGCCAAGAAGCCGCCCAAACGCGUUGAUCCAAUGAAAGUCAUCCAGGACUAUUUGGAUCAGCGCAAGCUGCGACUCUGGGAUUUCUUUCGGAAUAUUGACAAAGACGGCACCAUGCGAGUCCCUGUUGCUGACUUCAGGAAAGCAGUGCAGCAAUCAAGUAUUCCUCUGGAUCGAUACCAGAUUGAGGAGCUGAUUCAGAGACUCGAUCGUGACAGGACAGGAAUGGUAGACUACAGGGGACUGGCAGAUACAAGAAAGCAGAUGAUGAGGGAUCACCGCCGCCAGCUGAGGAAGGUUGAGUCCCGUCAGAAAAAAGAGAAGCAGAAGAGCGACCGCAUCCUCAAGACCUUCCAGAGUGCAGUCGAGGCCGUAACACCACACAGCUCCUUGGUCAUAUCCCCUGGAGUUGCCAAAGAGGAUUCAGGCGGACCUCAGCCAUUCUCUGCCACUCCUCUCAGUUCUUGGCACCACAUUGUCAUGUCCAACAGCAGUCGCUAUUCUGUCACCAAUCUGAGCAGCGAGCACGUCCACCUGCCCAUGUUAGGAGGCACCAGGUCCUACCGGCCCACCAGUUCCCCGGCUAUGCGCUCGUACUCGCAGCCAAACCUCCUGGAUGACUCCCCUCGCUCUCCUCCGGGCAAGUCCAUCUCUGCCCAGGGUGUGCGCUCCAAUCCGGAGAUGGGCCACAGCAAGCUGAGCCCCACUGCAAACCACCUGACCAGGUCCAGGCCUGCGCUUAAUGCCAAGCAGCCAGAGGUUAAAGCCAAAACCAAGAAAGUGAAGAGGAAGAAAACGAUGAAACGUGUCGAUAAAGGCUCAAAGAAGAAGAACUGAAGGAGAACUGUCAAACGAUUGUCAAAACCUGUGUAAUGUUAGGAAAUGUUUUUCUUUUUGCUUGACACUGUUGGGUGUGACACACAAUCACUAAUUGAAAUAAAGAUUUUAAGCAUUUA